AUGACUGUGUCCCUUGAGACCAUACAUCUUCCUCAUCUGCCUUCAGCUCUGCCCAUUCAUAUAGCUCUAUAUCGUGAUGUGAAAAACGCGCCAUUUCUCCGGCAGCAGCUGUUGUCAGGCAAUGGUGAUUUCGAGUAUGCGUUUAUUGACGCAAGCAUGGUCUUUUCAAGGACCCAUAUCCUUUCUGCUAUCUUCAGAGCGGUUAAUGAUUAUCUCAAUGGGCGUCUCAAGUCGCGCAAUGUCCAUUCGGAAAUCGUCUUCUCCUUGAGCCCCGCCAACAAUAUUGCAGACUCUUUCCGCAAAUUCGGCAUUUCGGACUCGACGGCAGACCUGUUGGUGGUGAAGGUUUCCGUAACGCCAGAUGUUACUCAUGAGUCAGUAGCGGCGCAUCUGCAGCAAUCAAUUGAGGGCUCUUCCGUACCGUUCGCUGAUGAGACAUUGUCUGAAAUCUCGGACGUUUCGAAGAUUAAGAAAGCCUACAAACUGGGCGCUUUAGGCGCUCAGGACGAUGAGAAGCGACGACUGGAACUUUCGCUCAUAGGUGCAAUUGCUCUGCGUGGGGCAACGUGA